AUGUACAAAAAACUCCACCAAAAGCCUAUAAACACACUCUCUUUCUGCGGAGGACCACACUGCCGCCCACGCAGGAGGAACGUGUGCUUAUUCAAACACAGCUGUGGACGUGGCUACAUGCACCGUGACACAAACCCUGACAGCAACAUCCUCAAACGCCGAAGCAGCUCCGCCACAAACAAACUCAAGAGCGCAGCGGGAAACUUUCACCGAGUACGCAAACACUUCAACACACGCGACCGUCCGCCCGACCCCUCUGUCCACAUGGUCUGCCAAGAGGCUCAGAGAGUUAAGCGUAAACCGUAA